CCCGCAGUCCUCCGCGAGCCAUGGAGGGAGUGAGCGCGCUGCUGGCCAGCUGCCCUACGGCCGGCCUGGCCGGCGGCCUGGGCGUCACGGCGUGCGCCGCAGCCGGCGUGCUGAUCUACCGGAUCGCGCGGAGGAUGAAACCAACGCAUACGAUGGUCAACUGCUGGUUCUGCAACCAGGACACGCUGGUGCCCUAUGGGAACCGCAACUGCUGGGACUGCCCUCACUGCGAGCAGUACAACGGCUUCCAGGAGAACGGCGACUAUAACAAGCCGAUCCCUGCCCAGUACAUGGAGCACCUGAACCACGUGGUGAGCAGCACUCCCAGCCUCCGCGACCCCGCGCAGCCGCAGCAGUGGGUGAGCAGCCAAGUGCUGCUGUGUAAGAGGUGCAGCCACCACCAGACCACCAAGAUCAAGCAGCUGGCUGCCUUCUCUCCACGCGAGGAGGGCAGGUACGAUGAGGAGGUGGAGGUGUACCGGCACCACCUGGAGCAGAUGUACAAGCUGUGCCGGCCGUGCCAGGCGGCCGUCGAGUACUACAUCAAACACCAGAACCGCCAGCUGCGCGCCCUGCUGCUCAGCCACCAGUUCAAGCGCCGCGAGGCCGACCAGACCCACGUGCAGAGCUUCUGCUCCUCCGCAGCGAAGGCCCCGGCCCAGGUCAUCCUGCUCCGUGCCCUGGCCUUCCUGGCCUGCGCUUUCCUGCUGACCGCCGCGCUCUAUGGCAGCAGUGACUCCUUCGCCCCAGGAGCUGCCCUGCCCCUGGCCCUGCCACCUGGUGGCAAUGGCUCUGCCACACCUGACAACAGCAGUGCCCCUGGGGCUGAGGGCUGGCGGCAGCUGCUGGGCCUGCUGCCCGAGCACACAGCAGAGAAGCUGCGCGAGGCCUGGGCCUUCGGGCAGAGCCACCAGAUGGGUGUCGUGGUGCUGGGCCUGCUCACCUGCCUCCUGGCCAUGCUGCUGGCCGGCCGCAUCAGGCUCCGGAGGAUCGAUGCCUUCUGCACCUGCCUGUGGGCCCUGCUGCUGGGGCUGCACCUGGCGGAGCAGCAUCUGCAGAUGGCCUCGCCCAGCUGGCUGGACACGCUCAAGUUCAGCACCACGUCCCUGUGCUGCCUGGUGGGCUUCACGGCAGCUGUGGCCACAAGGAAGGCGACGGGCCCGCGGAGGUUCCGGCCCCGAAGGUACUUCCCAGGAGACUCUGCUGGCCUCUUCCCCACCAGCCCCAGCCUGGCCAUCCCUUGCCCGAGCGUCGGCGGCUCUUCACCGUCUUUGUUCGUCCCCACCCCGCCUGGCUUCCUGCCCCUUGCCAACCAGCAGCUGUUCCAGUCUCCCCGACGGGCCUCGCCCUCUUCACUGCCAGGCCGCCUCAGCCGGGCCCUCUCGCUGGGAACCAUACCCUCUCUGACCCGAGCAGACUCAGGCUAUCUGUUCAGCGGGAGCCGCCCACCAUCUCAGGUGUCCCGAGCUGGGGAGCUUCCUGUUUCAGAUUACUUCUCUCUGCUGUCAGGGAGCUGGCCCUCCUCCCCGCUGCCUUCCCCGGCGCCCUCCGUGGCUGGCUCCGUGGCCUCCAGCUCUGGGUCCCUGCGCCACCGCCACCGCAGGCCCCUCAUCAGCCCUGCCCGGCUCAACCUGAAGGGCCAGAAGCUCCUGCUGUUCCAGACACCGCCCGGGGAGGCCCCCGCCACCCCCAGCAGCUCGGACGCACACUCACAUCACAACGGCAGCCUCUUCGCUGUGGAGCCACCCCAGGUGCCCCGGAGGCAGCCCGUGCAGGACACGAAGCACACCUUGGACGUGAGAUCGCAGCCGGAAGGAGGCAGUGCCUGCAGCAGCCGCUCCAUCAAAAAAGAGGACGACUCGUCCCAGUCAUCCACCUGCGUGGUGGACACCACCACCAGGGGCUGCGCAGAGGAGGCCGCCGCCUGGAGAGGUCGUUUCGGCCCCUCGCUGGUCCGGGGCCUCCUGGCUGUGAGCUUGGCGGCCAACGCCCUCUUCACCUCGGCGUACCUGUACCAGAGCCUGCGCUGACCCGCUGUUGCUGACCCUCAGAGGGUAGCGCCCGGUGCAUGCUGUUCCCACCACUGCCGGCCUCAGAGCCCUCCCUGGAGGGGCUGCUGCCCUGGCCCUCGUCUCCAGGGCCCUUGACCUUGCGGGACCGUGAGCCCCUGCCCUCAGGACGCCUGCGCCUCCUCCCCUGACAGACAGCUGGGCUGAGUGUGGGUCUGGAGUCACACUCCUGCCCGCCCAUCUCUUUGGCUGACAUCGGUUGUGUGUUUGGUGCUGACACUCUGACCCUGAAGCCAGGGAUCCCCAAGGGCUGCGUGACCCUGGGGUCCCACCGUUCUGCCCCGCCUGGCGGGACACAGCACUACUGUAACCCAGCAGUCCAGGCUGCCCUGGGCUCUGUGCCCACGGGCCAUGCUGACAUCCUUGUACUGUACUCCCCUGGGGGGAGGGAGGGGGACAGCCCUUGGGCCACACAUCCUCACCCUGCCUGGGAGAAGAGAACCUCCCUUGGGUGGCCCUGAGGAAGGGUGUCAUCGGCCCACCUUGCCCUUCUGUGCGGGUGGGCAGAGGGGCACCUGGUGGUCUCAGAGCCCCUAGGUCUCAGCAGCCAGGAGCCCAGCUGCGCCUUCGGGACCAGUGUACACACCUGCCCUCCCCUCCCCUCUGGCUCCCCUCUCCUGCUGGGUAUACCCCUGUUCUGUGACCUCUGGUGACCUUCCCAGGAAGCAGCCCCAUUUCCCCAAGAACAUAGCCCAGGGCCUACCUCACCCCAUUUUUCCAGGCCUGGCUUGCUGGCCCCUGGGCCCUGCCUUGAGCAGUAGGGCAGGCUGGGUGGGGGGGCCUUCAGGUCUCAGAUGCGGCUGGACCUCUCCCCAACCCUGCUGGGCACCUGGCUCCUCUCAGCCACUGAGACCCCACUGUCCCUUGCGUUCUGUUCCCGCUGGACUCCACAUGACCUCUGCCUCCCAGGCCACCCACUGGCUUUCUUUCCUGCCCACUGCCCUUGGUCCCUCCACUGCCCUCUGGCUGACCCGCCCCGGGAGGAGUGAGCAGGGGCUUCGGUCUGGGCGGGGCAGUGUGAGUGUCUGUCCAUGCAGAGUCUGUGCCACCGGGGGAGGAGUCGGCUGCCGCAGUGAGUUCUGAGAAUGGGGGGGAUCACAGGGGCAGGAGGAAGGGUCUUCACUCUGUCAUUCAGGGAUAAAGUUUAAUUUUAUUUUUCUACACAUUUUGCCAGGUAAGGCAUUUUGCUGAUAAGCAGGAUGUCCCCAAUUCUCCCUGCUAGGGAGGUUUCAUUUUUUUAAGCUUUGGGUGCUUUUUUAAUAAUUAUUUUUAACAUGUGGGGAAGGAGACUGUGCUGACUACACUCUCCCCCUCCUCCCCACUCCUGUCCUGAGAGCUCCCCACGCUGCACCCCGCCCCGUCCCCCCCAGAACGUGGGGAGCGGGCGGGGGCGGGGCCAGGACUCCAGUCCAACUGCCACAGAUGGUUCCAACUCGGAGAUGGUGCCUCUUGGUCCCCAUUUGUAUGGUGGGCGUGUGUGUCGAGUUUUUUAAUUUUAUUUUGUGCUUAACCAAACCAAACUCCAUUCCCAAACGCCCUUCCUCGCCGGCUCCUCUCCAGCCGGGCCAGCCUGGCCUCCCCUGCCCCGACCACGGUCCCAGCACCCCCGAGGGGCAGGGGACAGGCGGG